UUGCUGCUUCCCAAAGACACAUUCUCAGCACCUAACCAUAAUUAUUACACCAAUUAUAUCCUCAAUUUCCCUUCUAAUUCAUUUUAUUACCUCACUUAAUUUACUUUCAUCGUCCCAUAACUUGCAAAAUCACAUUUCUUCAUUAUUUUCCACACAAAAUCCAUAUAUGUAUUGCACCUCGAGAUAUUAAAAAAAAAUAAAAAAAUUCAGCCUCAUAAGUGUGUAUAAGCUCUCAGUUGCUGAGCAAGUGAGAAGUCAAGAUUGAGAUACCAUAACAAAAUUAGAUUUAAACCCAUUUAAUAAAGCAUUCAUGGGUUUAAUCUGGAUUUUACUUUCCAUCACCGUCUUCAGUUUUGUUUCACCGAACGAUGGAUUCGAUGUGUUGGAUCCGAACGGGAACGUUACCAUCAAAUGGGAUAAGACUUCCGACGAUGGUGAUACUCAAACUGUGACAGUAUCAAUAUACAAUUACCAGCUGUUUCGGCACAUAGAGAAGCCGGGAUGGAGACUCAGCUGGAAGUGGCCAAAUGACGAGGUCAUCUGGAAGAUGUUUGGAGCAGAAGCUACUGAACAGGGAAAUUGUUCAGCAUUUAAAGGAAGUGAUAAGCCACAUUGCUGUGAAAAGAAACCAGUAAUCAUAGACCUUCUGCCCGGAGCUUUACAUACUGUGCAAUUUCAAAAUUGUUGCAAGGGGGGAGUUUUAACAUCUUUAACUCAAGUCCCUCCAAAGCAUAUUUCUUCUUUUCAGAUGAUAGUUGGAGGUCCUUCCUCCUAUAAUUCUUCAUUGCCAGGAAUUCCGGACAAAUUUACCCUUGGCCUUCCUGGUUAUACAUGUGGACCUCCCAGAGAGGUCGAACCUACCACAUUUUAUGAGGAUGACGGACGUAGAAAGACACAAGCCAUUGCUACAUGGAAUGUGAGUUGUUCUUAUUCUCAGUUCCUUGCAUCACCUACCCCGAAAUGUUGUGUUUCCUUAUCUGCAUUCUACAACAGUACCAUUGUUCCAUGCCCUACAUGCAGUUGUGGCUGCACCGGACAACCUGGAAUCAACUGUGUAAAGCCUGGCGAAUCACCACCGGUAUUAGAACUUCCGACUGAUGAAGUACCCCAGCCAGUCGUCAAGUGUACAAGGCACAUGUGUCCUGUAACAAUCCAUUGGCAUGUAAAAGAAAGUUAUAAGGAGUACUGGCGAGUUAAGAUGACGAUUAUAAACCAAAACUUUGCUCAGAAUUAUAGUCAUUGGAAUAUGGUGGUGUUACACCCCAACCUGAGGAGUGUCACACAGGUUUUCAGCUUCGACUAUAUUCCCCUAAAUCAAUACGGAAGCAUCAAUGAUAGUGGUGUAUUUUACGGCGUCAGCUUGUACAACGACAUGUUACUCCAAUGCGGUCCCCAGGGUAAUGUGCAGUCGGAAAUGUUACUCCACAAAGAUCCAGACAUGUUUACUUUCCGACAGGGGUGGACAUUUCCGAGAAAAGUUUCUUUCAAUGGUGAUGAAUGUGUAAUGCCUCAGCCAGAUGACUACCCAAGCCUUCCAAAUGGUGCACAACCUAGUUCCCCUGCUACACUACUCAUUAUAAUGCUGCUGUCAUUGCUCUUUAGUCUGCUUGCACUUUGAAUCAAAAGUAUUAAAUUUCCUGGCAAACAUUUUUAGCUUUGAUUCAGAAUGUCUGUUGUGAAUUGGUGCAGAGUAUUUAUAGGAAAAAAAAUUCCCAAACUAGUUGUCGUUUUCUUUUUACAGAUGAGUUAGAAUAUAUAUAUAAUUAAAGUUAAUUUA